AGCCGCACACGGUCCCUGCACGCCCAGCGGCCGCGGCCCGGUGCGGGAGGGGAAGGGAGGCCAUGGACAGGUUCUCGUGGACCACCGGGCUGCUGGAGCUGGGAGAGACGCUGGUGAUCCAACAGCGUGGCGUGCGCCUCAGCGACGGGGAGGAGAAGGUGAAAUUCGAUAGUGGAGUUUUACUGCUGAGCACACACAGACUGAUCUGGAGGGAUCAGAAGAAUCAUGAGUGCUGCAUUGCUGUACCUCUGUCUCAGAUUGUAUUUAUUGAAGAGCAAGCAGCUGGGAUAGGAAAGAGUGCCAAAAUAGUAGUUCAUCUUCAUCCUGCUUCUUCAAACAAAGAGCCUGGUCCAUUCCAAAGCAGCAAAUAUUCCUACGUUAAGCUUUCUUUCAAAGAACAUGGGCAGAUUGAGUUCUACAGACGAUUAUCAGAAGAAAUCACACAAAGGAGAUGGGAGAGCAUGCCCACUGGUCAGGCCAUGCAAGUUAACAAGGAUUCACAGGCAGGAAGAAUAAGGGCUGUAGGAAUUGUAGGUAUUGAAAGGAAAUUAGAAGAAAAAAGAAAAGAGACUGACAAAAACAUUUCCGAGGCUUUUGAGGACCUUAGCAAACUAAUGGAGAAGGCUAAGGAAAUGGUGGAAUUAUCCAAGUCAAUAGCCAACAAGAUUAAAGAAAAACAAGGUGACAUCACUGAGGAUGAGACCAUUAGGUUCAAGUCCUACCUACUGAGUAUGGGUAUAGCUAAUCCAGUUACGAGGGAAACAUAUGGAUCUGGUACACAGUACCACAUGCAACUGGCAAAGCAACUGGCUGGAAUCCUGCAGACACCCUUAGAGCCACCUGCAGGUAGAGAUUAUGAGGUUCCUGGGCUGUUUCUCUCACCAGUCUUGUGCUCGUUAACACAGGAGCAAGGGGGGAUCAUGUCUCUGACAGAAGUGUACUGCCUGGUGAAUCGUGCCCGAGGGCUAGAGCUGCUGUCACCAGAAGAUUUAGUAAAUGCCUGUAAAAUGCUGGAAUCACUGAAAUUACCACUAAGGCUUCGGAUAUUUGAUAGUGGUGUGAUGGUGAUUGAACUUCAGUCUCAUAACGAAGAGGAAAUGGUAGCUGCUGCUUUAGAGACAGUAUCUGAAAAGGGUUCUCUCACAGCUGAUGAGUUUGCUAAGCUGGUGGGGAUGUCUGUUCUCUUAGCCAAAGAAAGGCUGCUUCUUGCUGAAAAGAUGGGCCAUCUUUGCAGAGAUGAUUCAGUGGAAGGCUUGAGAUUCUACCCAAAUUUAUUUCUGACACAAAGCUAAUACUAUUUGUGUACAAUUUGUUAUGUAAUAAUUGAACAAGAGAGCAGAAUCCUUCCAAGAACUGACUUUAAAAUUCUUAUUUCGUUAGUCAACUGCAAAAGACAUGAACAUUGCAAUGCGCUUUUACAGUUCUCAGGUAUUUCAAGUGCUGAAUCGUCUUACAUGGAACUGCAAGGAAAUAGAAAUCACAGAGUCAGAAGCAUGUCUGUCGUCUCAAGACAACUCACUCAUUUUCCAAGUUUUAUUUGAUGUGCUGUGUAGUUUCUCCUUUCAAGAGAAGAUUCCACACCAGUGAAAGUGGAGAGAAUAUCGCUCUAGAGUGCUGUGAGGGUCAGCACCCAGAAGCCAGGUUACUGCAUACUCCAAUUCCAGUUUGCUUAUGUCUGAAGCAACAAAGCCGACAGAUGUAUCCACAGUGAUAAGAAACUGGUGUGUACUGAGGUAUAAGGAACAAACUAGCGUAGAAUAACCCCUACUCCCAGUUUUCUGAACAGUUUUCUAAGGGAGGAUCUUGGGGUUCUAGAAUUUGAGACAGAAAGAACCUGCUGCAAGAGAGAUUACUAUAUGUCAGGCGAAUCUAGAAAUUACCGUGUUUAUUUGGUUGUGUCUUACACUAAAAUCUCAGCUAGAAGCAUUGUUAGUACAGACUUCCUCCCUUUUCUUUCCUUGCCAUCUUCCUUCCUGUCCAUUUAUGUUGCACUUUGGGUGCCCCUUCUCUGUCCUUUCUGUAGCAGAGUGGAGCAGUCUCCUGUCACUUUACCAGACUCUGUGCUUUAAUGUGCUUGUGUUUUAUCUUGUACUUCUAACAAAAGAUCAUUUGUUUGUUUCAUCAGCCUAUUACAUGUUUUGGGGAAACAGUUCAUUUGCUUACCUCUCAUAUGUGAAAAUUAAUAUGUUUUCUAUAUUGAAGGGAGGAAGAAGACUAUCACCCUGUGUUUAAUAAUCACAAGGUAUCAUUGUUUGGUAUUCUUCACCCUGUGUUCACACUGAAUGCAAUAUGAUAGCCUCGGUUUUCAUAACUCCAGUGGAGUUGCUACACUACUUGAACAUCUGUCAUGAUAAAAACAGUUAAGUGGAUGUUUAUGAUCCACAUUACCUGAAUUUUUGGCAUUUUGAAAUGACUAUUUUUAAUAAAUGAAGUUAAUUUAAGGUAUGGGCAAGGACAUCAGACAGAUUACUACACUGUGGUUGUGAUGGCCAGAUCAAUAUUACAAGAAAGGACAAAAAGGCUUUUAAUAUGAGCCUGAAGAUAUUUUCAGAACUAUUUCAGUGUUACCAUAGCAUGAGUUAAGACAUGAGUUAAGACUCUACCAAUAGUUCAGUGCAGAGAUUCCUACAGUGAUCCUGCCUGUGGCUUGUAGGAUGUUCUUUAUAUCCAGGGGAUUGCAUUCUCUUACUCUUGUCACAAGCAAACUUUCAUGCAGUGCUUUCUUUAAGGCAGCUUUCCUCUGCUCCACGAGGGUGCUAAAACUUACCUCUUUGACAUGGCUGAAGGACCCAGUUCCACACUAUUAUUACAGUGUUAGUCACCUGGUGUCAUCUCUUCAGGAGCCUUACAGCUUGCUGCUUUCCUUCAUCCUCCCCACAACCCGAAGGAGAGAUCCAUGCCAAGUACACUGAGCACCACAUAUCUAAGGAGGGGCUGAAAAGUGAGAAAUUUGGAAGCAAAAAGCUGUUUUGUGACAACUGUCUCUUUUGCCCAAUAAAAGCCUGUCAUGGAAGGCCGGUGGUUUGUGGGCCUGAACCUCUCCCCACAAGGGGGCACGUCAUGUGCAGGAAGAACAAAACCUGAGAGGAAAUGCCAAGUGUAAACUGCCAGCCUCUGUUCCUCCAACCCUGAGUGUUUCAUUAUCUUACUUAAGCAAUAAUAAUACAGCCUAUUUAGAAUAAUGGUACCUUCUCAAACUUUUCUUUUCCAAGACUUUUUCCUUGAAUUUGUUUUUCCUCCAGACAAAAAGGCUAUAGGGUAAAUUGUGUUGCUGGUUUAGAAUUUGAACAGACACAUGAGAAAAUGGCUACUAGAAAGUAAGAAAAAUUAAAACAUUUUCUUAAAUA